AUGGGUGGAAGUUCUGUUCUUUCGAUUGAUGAUUGGGAAUUUGCUUCCUCGCCUAAUAAUGUUAAGACAUUGGUUUUGUUUGGACGCACCGGCAACGGCAAGAGUGCAACCGGUAAUAGUAUUCUUGGAGAGAAAAAAUUCAAGUCAAGGUCUAGUUCCUCCGGUGUCACCACAUCGUGCAAAAUGGAGACAACUGUGAUGAGUGAUGGGCAGAUUGUUAAUGUUAUUGACACUCCAGGGUUAUUUGAACUUUCUGACAAAUCCGAGCUUAUUGGGAAAGAAAUAGUCAAGUGCAUUGAUUUGGCUAAGAAUGGAAUCCAUGCCAUCAUUGUAGUGCUCUCUGUUAGAUCACGUUUCAGUGUGGAAGAAGAAAAAGCUCUACGUAGCUUGCAGACAUUGUUUGGAAGCAAAAUUGUUGACUACAUGGUUGUGGUCUUUACCGGUGGAGAUGAUUUAGAAGAUAAUGAUGAGACAUUGGACGAUUAUUUAGGUCGUGAAUGUCCUGAGUCUUUAAAGUCAAUUCUUUCUUUGUGUGAGAAUCGAUGUGUGCUUUUUGAUAACAAGACUAAGGAUGAAAAGAAGCAAUCUCAACAACUUCAAGAACUUCUCUCUUUUGUGAAAUUGAUUGUAGCAAAGAAUCAUGGUCUGCCUUAUACAAAUGAGUUAUUUACAAAACUAAAGGAAGGAUACUCGGAAAGACAGGCUGCUACAUUGGAAGGAUACUCGGAAGAAGAAAUGCUAGAGUUUAAAAAACAUAGGGAGCAAGCAUAUGAUGACCAGCUUAAUCGAAUAACUGAGAUGGUAGAGUCGAAGUUGAAGAAAGCAAUUACAUGGCUGGAGCAGCAAUUGGAACGAGAAAAAGUGGCAAGACAAGAAGCAGAAAUGAGAUCAAAAGAUGAAAUUGAGAGACUCAGAAAACAUCUUGAGCAAGCACGUCUUGAACAGGAAAAAGCGGCAAGACAAGAAGCAGAAAUGAGAUCAAAAGAUGAAAUUAAAAAACUCAAAAAAGAAGCACGUGUUGAGCAAGAAAGAGCUGCAAGACUCGAAGCGGAAAUGAGAUCAAAUGAAAAAAUUAAGGAACUCAGAAAUCAUCUUAAGGAGGCACAAGAAAAACUCCGCAAGCAAGAAGCAGAUAAUUUCGAAAAGGAUGCAUUGUUAGACAAACACAUAGCCGAUGAUACUUUCAGUGAUCUAAAGCUACAGGAUACUCGGCGACCAAUAAAACUUCUUGCAGUAGUUCUAUCUUGGGUUUUUGUGGUUGUCUCAGACUCUGUGAAGUUCCUACAAUGGUCUUCAUUGUUAUCAUCACGGAAGGGUGUUGCAUUUUCAACCUUGGAUUUGGCAGUUGUUACUGGUCUUAUGCACAAACAGGAAAACAAAGUUAUCUGCAUUCCGGUUGUUGUAGCUGUUGUCUCACCUUUUCCACCAUCUGAUAAAAUUGGGAUUAACUCCGUUCAGAGAGAGGCUGAAGAGAUAAUUCCCAUGAAACCAAUGAAAAUGGACUGGGUUCCGUCCAUUCCCCUGAAGGACCGAGAUAGCCAAGUGGAAAGACUGAAGACUGAAAUAUUUAUACUUCGUUGCACCCAAAGAAGGUCUGCUUUAAAGCACCUGAAGUUGGAUAGAAAUGCGAGUACUGCUUGCCUUAUUUCUAUCAGCCAUUUAAGGAAGAUGCGUUUGAACAGAGCACCAUUUGUUCACCUGCAACAAACAAUAAUUAACAUAACAGCAAUACACAAACGUUUGAUUGACCUUAUCAGCUUACCGGCAAUUGAUGCUCAGGCAGCUGCUAUAGGUGCACUCUAUAACCUUGCUGAAGUUAAUAUGGAUUGCAGGUUGAAGAUUGCUAGUGAGCGAUGGGCAAUAGAUCGAUUGCUCAAAGUAAUUAAGACACCACAUCCUGUUCCAGAAGUUUGUCGGAAAGCUGCCAUGAUAUUAGAGAGUCUUGUUUCUGAGCCACAAAACAGAAUUUUGUUGCUAGCCUAUGAGAAUGCUUUUUCUGAGAUACUUUUCACAGAUAGCAAAUAUUCUGACACGUUUGCGAGGAUAUUGUAUGAACUAACAUCUCGACCAAGUAACAAAGUGGCAACAGCUCGUGGCAUCUGGGGCAUGUAA